AUGUCCCAUAAUGAUAUACUACGAGAAUCCAAAUUAAACCAACUAAAUCAACUCAAACAAUCAAACCAAUACUCCAAACAAUUAAUCUCAACCUUAUACACCAUCAUCAAAUCAAAUUCCAACCCAGGAAUCACCAUCAAUUCAUUAACAUCAUCAACUUCCACCACGAGUCUUAUCGAUAAAAUCACUACCAUCCAUCAAUUGAACGAGGAGAUCGAUAAACAAUUGAAUAAUGACAUUGCUGUCAAUUUUGAAUUGUUGAUGAAGUAUAAAUUGAAAUUACAUAAGGCAAUUCAAGAUUGUCAUAGAGGAAUGGGAGGAAGUAUGAGAGGAGGAAAGGGACAACGAAGUAGGAGUCCUGGGAAUAUCAUCUCUUCUUUACAAUCUCGAUCGGAAGUUAUAGACCAAGAAUUACGAAUAUUAGAAUAUACUUUAAAAUUAUUAAAUUAA